AGCCGAAUUGAGCUCAGAUUUAAUGUUUCGAACUCGAGCCCAAUUUCCCAGGCUAGACGAGCUUUGAGCUCGAGCCGAGCCUGAGCUCACAAGCUUCGAGUUAACACCCAUACGCACAACAUAGAAAACCCCAACAAUCUUCCAUAAAUCAAGCCACUACCGGUUCAACUCAUUGUACUAUCCGUGUAUAAUAUAGUGAAUGCAACUCGCAAUAGUUUAAACUUCAACAGGUUCCACACAAUAAUAAGAAACUCAAACCAAAUCAAGAAAUUUAACAUUGUAAACUACAAAUUAUCGAUUAAACAAGACUAAAAGCUCUCCUAAUUUGCCGACUUGCACCCACGGCCAUUGAAGAUUUGAAGACUUUCUAGCUACAUCAUCCUCCACUUACGACUUACACCUAAACAAGAAACACUAAAUUCUAAAAACAUCACCACUAAUCUCCAUUUUCUUCCACAAUCCACAAAACAUGAUGACCAUUUUCCUCAUAAUACUCUCCAUUACCAUUUUAAUGGCGGCCUCCCAUUUCAUCGGACAUGUGGUGCGUAAAUUCCGAAACCUCCCACCUAGCCCGUUUUCGUUCCCCAUUCUCGGCCACCUCCACCACCUCAAAGACCCACUACAUCGAACUUUAUCAAAAACCUCUGAUAGGGUGGGCCCGGUUACUCUCCUCUACUUUGGACAACGACGGGUACUCCACGUCAGCUCACCAUUGGCGGCCGAUGAGUGCCUGCGUCAAAACGACGUCGUUUUUGCCAACCGCCCCCGCCUUCUAACCGGUGAUAUAUUCGGGUAUAAUUGCAAAACUCUAAUAUGGGCACCCUACGGAAAUCUAUGGCGAAAUCUACGGCGAAUCUCCACCGUCCAUAUAUUCUCUCUCCCUUCACUGCAACUCUCCUCGGGAAUACGAUCAGAGGAGGUGAAGUCCCUGGUUAGAGGGAUCAGUCAAGAAUCGGAGAGAGAAAAUGGAACAGUGGAAAUCGGGGAGGCUCUGUUUGGGAUGACUCAGAAAGUAAUGAUGAGGGUUUUGGCAAAGGAAGGGUAUAAAGGAGAGGAAGCGAAGAGGUUUAGGGCGGUAGUGGAGGAGAUAAUGAGGGUUGAAGGGAGUUCCACCAUUGUUGAUGUGUUUCCAUGGUUGAGGUUUUUUGGGGUGAAGUGGAGAUUGAAGGAGAAAUUCAGGGGUUUGGUUGAAGAGAAGGAGAAGUUUCUGGAUGAUUUGCUAGAGAAAAACAAACUAUCUUUUAGUUCAAAAUCGAAUGGGUUGAAGAAGACAUUAAUUCAGGUUUUGUGGUCAUUGCAGAAGUCGGAGCCUGAGUUUUACAGUGAUGAAAUGAUCAAAGGCCUUCUACAAGUAUUGCUAUUGGCGGGAACGGACACUUCAGCAGGGACUAUCGAGUGGGCGUUAUCACUAAUGCUCAACAACCCACUGAUUCUCAAGAAAGCACAACAUGAGAUUGCUUCACAAGUAGGAUAUGAUCGACUUAUUGAAGAAUCAGAUUUGAGCUAUUUACCUUAUUUACGUUGCAUUGUAUACGAGACUCUAAGGUUAUACCCUGCAGCUCCACUUCUAGUCCCUCACGAGUCAUCAAAGAUGUGUGUGGUCGGGGGAUAUACAAUUCCACGUGGCACUAUGCUAUUGGUGAAUGUUUGGGCUAUUCAUAACAGCCCAGACUACUGGGCCGAGCCUGAAGAGUUCAGGCCCGAGAGGUUUGAAGGGGUGGAGAAGGAUGACGAGCAGAUAAAGUAUAAAUUCAUGCCUUUUGGGUUAGGAAGGAGAGCUUGCCCUGGAGAGGGCAUGGCUAUGCGGAUGGUUGGGCUUACGUUGGGGUCACUACUACAGUGUUUUGAGUGGAAAAGACCGGGUCAUGAGUUAGUUGACAUGAAUGUCAAGAAUGGGCUUAGUAUGCCCAAAGCAAAACCCCUUCGGGCCAACUGCCUGCCUAAUAAAACCAUGGUCCACCUCAUCACACAAAUUUCAUAA